AUGUCCCGUCACUACAGGAAAAAAGACAAUCUAGUUAGAAAGUUAGCAUAUCGUAUUACAGCAAUUUCAAUUAUUGGAUUAUGCACUCCCACGCUUUUCUAUUACCCUUGCAUUGUUACACUGUUCUGGUAUCUACGAAACUAA